UAAUGGUGGUGGGUGUGUGUGUUUAUUGAUUAUGAUGACUAAGGCUGUGUGUUGUGUUGUAGAAGUACCGUCAGUGUAUGGCUGGACUUCUGGCCCCUCCCUAUGGCGCCAUGGAAACUGGAUCCAACAAUGACAACAAAGACAGUCUAGGUUCAGAUCCUCUCAACUUCAUGAACAACAUCCUCAACAAGGUUCCAUCAGAGAAGCUGCAGCGAGGGGGGAAGGUGAUGCGGAACGCCAUCCUCUCCAGAGCUCCUCACAUGAUCAGAGACAGGAAGUACCACCUCAAGACAUACAGGCAGUGUUGUGUAGGUACAGAGCUGGUAGACUGGCUGGUGCAGCAGAGUACCUGUGUACAUACUCGCUCUCACGCUGUGGGGAUGUGGCAGGUUCUGCUGGAGGACGGAGUCCUGAACCAUGUGGACCAGGAGCUGGGUUUCCAGGACAAGUACCUGUUCUAUCGUUUCCUUGACGAUGAAGAGGAGCACACCCCAUUGCCUAGCGAGGAGGAGAAGAGGGAGAGUGAGGAAGAGCUGCCUGAGACAAUCCUCUUCCUCACCCAGAUGGGACCUGAUGCCCUGCUGCGCAUGAUCCUCCGCAAACCUCCUGGUCAGAGGACGGGUGAUGAUCUGGAGAUCAUCUAUGAUGAGCUGCUUCACAUCAAGGCCUUAUCCCACCUCUCCAACACUGUGAAGAGGGAGCUGGCGAGUGUUCUCAUCUUCGAGUCUCACGCCAAAGUAGGAACCGUGUUGUUUAACCAGGGAGAAGAGGGAACAUCCUGGUACAUCAUCCAGAAGGGCUCUGUCAAUGUGGUKAUCUACGGCAAGGGUGUGGUGUGUACCCUGCAUGAGGGGGAUGACUUUGGGAAGCUGGCGUUGGUGACUGAUUCUCCUCGAGCUGCCUCCAUCGUCCUCAGAGAAGACAACUGUCACUUCCUCCGAGUGGACAAAGAAGACUUCAACAGGAUACUCAGGGACGUGGAGGCAAAUACAGUGCGUUUGAAGGAACAUGAGCAGGCUGUUCUGGUCUUGGAGAAGAGUCCCAGAGCCUCCAGUCUGGGAAAUAUCAGGUACACUGUGUUGUCUGGAACCCCUGAGAAGAUCCUUGACCACUUCCUGGAGACUAUGAGGAUGGAUACACACCACUCUGACCCAGACCCUGCGGUAGAUGACUUUGUCCUCAUGCACUGUGUCUUCAUGCCUAACAGCCAGUUCUGCCAGCUACUCAUGGCACACUACCAUGCGGUGGCUCCCCCGGGUUCGGAGCAGGAGAGGUUGGAGUACGCUGUGACCUGUAAGAGACGAGUCCUCAAUCUGGCCCUGCGCUGGGCUGCAGUACACACACAUCACUUACAGGAGGAGCCAGCAGCACUCAUAUUCCUGGAGGAGCUGUAUGGGAGUGUGUCCAGUGUGUCCAAUGACUCACGGAUCCUCAGAGCUCUGAAAGACUUUGUACCUGACUUGGAGAUGGUCGUCAAACUACAUUCAGAAGAGGCCAAAGUGAAAAAGCAGAAGGUCCUUAUUACACAGUUCAGCAAUGGAGACGAGAAACUAGUGAAGACACAACCCAUCAGGAACUGUGACGACAUCCUGUUGAAGGUGUACUGCAGUGACCACACCUACACCACCAUCCGGGUUGCCGUAGCGGCCACAGGGAGUGAGGUGACCAGCGCUGUGGCCAACAAACUUGCCUCAAACGACGACCUGCUAUUGGUCCACCUCAGCUCCGCAGGCGAGAAGCAGAUGCUGAAGCCCAAUGAUGUGUCAGUAUUCUCCUCUCUGAGCAUCAAUGGGCGUAUGUUCGCCUGUCCCCGGGACCAGCUCAAUGCUCUGACCCCUCUCCCAGACCAGGAGGGGCCCUCAGCGGGGUCCAUGUCCAGUUUUGAGCUGAUGAGUUCUAAAGACCUGGCCUAUCAGAUGACCCUGUACGACUGGGAACUCUUCAGCUGUGUUCACGAGCAUGAGUUGUUGUACCACACGUUUGGCCGUCAGAGCUUCAGGAGAACCACAGCCAACCUGGACCUGUUUCUACGCAGGUUCAACCAGGUGCAGCUGUGGGUGGUGACGGAGGUGUGUCUGUGUGGUCAGCUUAGCAAACGGGUUCAGCUGCUCAAGAAGUUCAUCAAAAUCGCUGCUCACUGUCGGGAGUUUAAGAACCUGAACUCGUUCUUUGCCAUCAUCAUGGGUAUGAGCAACCCUGCAGUCAGUCGACUCACCCAAACCUGGGAGAAACUCCCUAGCAAGUUCAAGAAGUUCUAUGCUGAGUUUGAGAGCAUGAUGGACCCGUCCAGGAACCACCGGGCAUACCGGCUGACCGUCACCAAAAUAGAGCCGCCAAUCAUCCCCUUCAUGCCCCUCCUCCUCAAAGUUCUCUCUCUCUCAGACCCUGAGGUGUGUCAGCCCAAUAAGAACCAUGCUGAGGUGAGGGGUUAUGUCAGGAAGCUGUGUGUGAUUGACAAACAACGGACCCUGACAACACUCUCUUAUAGGCUAGAGCCCCGCAGGACCUGAGCCUGCCCACCAUGCAGUUGUUACCCUCUAUGACAUCAUACAGAGCCUCUGUGUAAGAUCAAGUAACCUUCAUUGCUAUGACAUCAAAUGGCUUCACUGGGCCUCUGUGACAUCAUAUGGAACAGUCAGAUGUCUAUGACAUCACAUGGAAUUUUUAGRCCUCUAUGACAUCACACAGAACCAUCAGCCCUCUGUGAAAUCAUACAGAACACUUUGCCCUCUGUGACAUCAUAGUGAACCCUCAGCUCCUCUGUGACAUCACAUAGAAGAGAGAUGAUUUAGAGAUAAGAGACUCUUGAUUUCUCUGUUACGUGUAAGGUUACUCUAAAUGGAGAUAGAAAAAAGUAGUUAAAAAGUAACUGAAAAAGGUUACAACUAGAGGUUUUAAGUCUUAUUUACAGAUUAUCAUGUCCCUUACUUUGAGCAGAUGUAACACAUAUGAAAAAGUAUGUUACAAAUACCAAGAUCUUUACAUAAAGUAAUAUAGAGAAACAAAACCUCUAGCUUUYUUACGCCAGUGUUCUGAAAACUGUCCUCAAGUUGUUGUUUAUUUUUGCAUUAAAGCACAACUCAUGUAGCGUAUUGUUAUUCAAUUAAAUCAGUCAUCUUUCUCAGUUGUGUUUUCUUCAUGUACCUUUUGUAAAUGUGGGUACUGUAUAUUUAACUUGGACUAGAACUUGUUUUACCUCAUCAUGAUGUCAGUGGGUUGAGAGCGUAUAGUCUGUCUGAACUGUAAAUAAAAAUAUCUAAUCAAA